AUGGUGGUUGCAAUCGAUUAUUUCACAAAGUGGGUAGAGGUUAUUCCAUUGAAGACCUGUGAGCAGUCAACGGUGAUUGAUUUUAUCAAGAAACACAUUAUUCAUAGGUUUGGAAUUCUAGAAACUCUCACCACUGACAGAGGCAUUUCCUUUGUUGGAAACCAAGUUAUUGAUUAUUGUUCUAAAUGUGGUGUCCAAGUGAUCAGUUCUACUCCGUAUUUUGCCCAAGCAAAUGGACAUGUAGAAGCUUCCAACAAAAUGACCAUUAGGUUUGUAAGGGUGGCUUUCCAAAAUAAGCUAACUCCAGCAGAUUACAACCAUGCUAUGUUGGUAGAAUUGGAAGACCUUGAUGAAGUCUGUCUCAAUGUCUUAGACCAUGUUAUUGCUCAAAAGAAGAAAGUCAUGUGGGCAUACAACAAGAAAGUAAAGGCAAAAUCAUUUGUUGAAGGAGAUUUGGUAUGGCAAGUCAAGUUUUCACCUGCAGUUAAAGACAAUGAAUAUGGAAAGUGGACCCCUAAUUGGGAUGGUCCUUACUUGGUGGAACAAGUCCUUGGAAAAUAG